CGUAUCGGAGCAGACACCGGAGGUCGUGUUUUGAUAGUUUCUGGACAUGCUUGAGAAAUAGACAAAUGCUGAACGGAGGCCUACUGUAUUUUCAAAACUACAAUACAACUGUAAUUUUUACUUUGCAAAAUGAGACAAUUGCAAUAGGGAAUGUGACCGUUCUUCAAUUACAGGGAGUCCGCAGUCGGAAGUCAUGCAUGACCCGCGGCUUUAUGACAGCCCGCCCGUCUACGCCCUGCCCUACUCCGCCGCGUCCAAUGGAGCCUACACCCACAGGAGCCCGCAGUACCCAGCAAGCAACGUCGACUUGUACCCUCCACCUCCCCCGGGCUCCUUCUACACAGAAGGGAGUCCUCAGCAUUUCUACAAAUGGUUUUCGGCGCCGGGGCUCGUCAAAACCAUGGAGGGUGCCACGGUCCUCAUGUGUUUCCUCAUUUUUGCCAUCGUCGCCUCCACGUUGGUCUGGGACCUGCACGGAGCCGGGAUGGUGGCCUACGGAACGGGGUCCGUGGGGGUCGGCGGUGGCACCGGUGGCUACUACGGGGGCAGCUACGGCUACUCAAGCUCCUACAUGACGCCGUACUCCGCCAAGUCGGCCAUGAUGUCCAUGGCGGCCAUUAACUUCCUGGUUUCCCUCGGGAUUCUCGUGGGGACCUUCUCCCGGUCGCCUGCCGUGCGGGGUCGGAGGUUUUACCUGAGCGUGUUCGUGUGCGACGUGGCGCUGGCGGUGCUGCAGGGUGUCAUCGACAUUGUGUUUGUGAUCGGGGUCAACCCCACGGCACAGAGCUCUCAGAGCGUACUGUACAACCCGGUGCUGAUGAUGUGCCGGAACGUCCAGGGAAGCCCCAGUCUGAGCGGGAGCGUGGGGGCCGGGUUCCCCGGGGGAUUCCCCGGUUACAACCAGUACCUCCGACACUACUGCUUCAUGGACCCCGAAGAGGCUGUGGCCAUGGUGCUUGGGGUCUGUGUUGUGGUGGCGCUGUGUGUGGCUGCAUACUACGCCUACAAAACCCGCAGCAAAAUCUGGCGCCACGGCAAACCCAACCUGAUAUGGGACCGACCACUGCUCAGACCACCUGAAAGGAAUGACGUUCAGAACUGGGUGGAUUAUGUUGUAGCGGGACAGAACACCCGACACGCCUCCACUGUGGUCCUCUCAGAGAAACCCGUCCCUGGUCUCCGGACAGAGAACAGUGUUACAUCAGACAGGCCUGGAACAGUCAGCAUUUACAGUGAAGGAACCUACAACAGCAAUGGUUGCUACGGCAACACCAACGGGCACAUGCCUGGGGUCCUGCGCCAUGACACCAGGGGCAGCCACAGUCCCUCUAUGGAGGCCGAGAGCCUGAAGACCCCCGGUCACAUGAAGAGGGAAUGGGACCCUGUCCCCUGUUCUCAGGAGUCUCAGUGUGAGACUGGCUACACCACAGGCGGUGACACUGGCAACGAAAUGGACCGGGACCGAAGUUACCGUCUACACAGGUGGGCCGUUAGUUCGAUGGGAAGAAUGUACCCCGAGAUAUCAUCAGAUAGGCAGCGGCGACAGUACAAGAGGGAGUUUGACUCGGACCUGGCAACCUACAAGAGUCUGUGUGCCGAGAUGGAUGACAUCAGCGACCAGAUUCACAAGCUGAGCCGAGAGCUGGACAGCCUGGCAGAAGGCUCAGCGACGUAUCAGGGCGUGGCGGAUGAAUAUAAUCAUCUAAAGGACCUUAAGCGGAGCCCAAGCUAUCAGGAAAAGCAGCAGCAGAGCAAGGAGCUGAGACAGAAACUAUUUCACAUCAAGCACCUGGUGAAAAACUAUGACAAUAGCCUUUGUUAGAUCAUUCAGCAACGGUCAUAGCAUCAAUAACCAUGCCAUAUGGCUAUGGUACCUAUCCAGUCUGAAUAGGCACAGCAUGCCUACAACAGGUUAAGAAUGUAAACACAGGAACUAUUGUCUCAGUGUUGGUGGAAUCACUUUUUGAUCUAAGAAAAAACAAGCAACAUUUUUGUAUAUACUUUUUCGGGGGCAUUUUCAAUGCUCUUAUCAGGAAUUAUUUACAGUGGGAAAAUACGGAUUACACAAACACAUGGGUAAUAUAUUGCAGGCCGACAUUGAGACAUUUGUUACUUAUUAGUAUCCAACAAUAUAAUAUUUUAAGUUAUGUCUUAUAGCUUAAUUUAUGCAUGUUAUUUUGCUUCUGAUUGUUCCAGCUUGAGUGUUUUAGUGAAGCAUAACAAUUAGGGUAUAACUGAUAGUAAGGAAAUAUAAAUUAUAAUUGUUUCAAUAUGGCGAUGCAACGCCUUUUCACUGUUUCCUAAAGGAUUUUAUGUUAGUGGGACCGAUUGUCCCCCGAGUCAAUGGACGUUUAUUUUCUUCAUUUUAUGGUUUGUACAGCAAUAAAAGCUUGACUCAAAAACUUUCACUUCCAUUGUAGCGAGAUGUUGUUGGGGGGAGGGGCGUGUAUGCUUUCCCCAAUGCAUUCCAAGUAACAAGUAAUGCGAGAUUUUAUCAAAAUGUCACAAACAUUUUAUGAUCUGAGUCUAAAAUAAAUACUCCAGGUGAGAUUAAUGUUUUAGCUGCCCCUUUAAGGGUCAGAGGGUUACCAUGAAAACGGAGCUAAAAUAGCACGUGUUCUUUUAACACAUUCCUAUCCUCCUUCCUACUCGCUAGCUUGAAGCAUACAGUAGCGAUCUGACAUUUUCGCUAGCGGUUGCAGAUGAAAUUAAACCCAAAACCACCAAGCAUGUGGACCAAAUAAUGUACAGUAAACACCCAAGAAACACGCAGAUAUUCUGGGGUAAAUCUAAUCUCGCACAGUAAAUUAAUCAUACAGUUCUCUACUUGCAGCAUUUCAUUAUUUUUUUCCUGCCACUGUGUGGUUUAAAUACAUCGUCGAUAGCUUUUUAUUUUUUACUUAGUCGUCCUCUUCAUGGAAAAAUACCGCAGCAAACUAGUCUGUAAAACUAGCUAGGACGAGCUAGAUUGCCAUACGGUGCUGCUUUAAGGUAUCUUGUAUCGUUCAAUAACAAACCGCAUAUUUAUACGUCAUUUAAUAACUACGCAGAUCAAACCUAGGUUGCUCCGUACUACGAAAUAUAUUUAACGUGAAUACCAACGUAAAACAGACUUGAAUAAGGCGAUUUAGCGGCGGCGUACCGUCGCAACCAGUAUUGCGAUGUAGGAAACAGAAUUUACAAGUUAGAUUUCGGUAGAAAUAUGUUCGUGGUACUUUGUCAUACAACAGAUGUUCCUAUGGAUUUAUGCAUUGUUUUAGGGCGGCGAACCAUGAACCUAAGCCCCCAAACUGCCAAUCCAGCAAUCAGACACUAAAUAACAGUGCUGCCGACAGUCUAUACAUCCAACAUUUUGAGCUAUAGAACAAGAUGGCAUUCAAACCUAGGUGUGACGUGAGCUUACACGUGCUAUAG